CUUUCUUUCACUCUCUUAUAAAAGGGGGAUCUUUCUGUUGAUGCAUUUAGUUCAAUGGUUAUUAGUUUUGUGGCCACAUAGCAUAGCACAUACCCGACUCUCCAUUUUCUGUGGAAAGUUUUUCUUUCUUGUUCUUGAAAGUCAUCUGGGACCAUCACUUGCACCUUAGAAGAGAAGAGAAACUUUGUAUCCAAAGCAACAGACCACAGCCAUUCAAGCUAGAAAAUAUCUGGGAGAAGAAAAUGAUGCUGAGGAGCUCUUCAACACCAGUUCUUGGAUCCCUCCUCUCACCCUUCUCAGACACUCCCAACAACAUUCACCACCAGCCUGAAGUACCCCACACCACCGCCAAACACCCACCAACCACCACUCAUCAAAACUACAACAAACUCUGUUUUCACCGAGCUGGAUCUCAGAAUUUCUCUACAUUUUCAUGCAACUCCUCUCCCAUCUCUCCCUCCGUCUCCGAAUUUUCGGGUACUGGCCGAUGUUCCCCUAUUGGUUUUAGUAGAGCUCAGUCUGAAGGGAACUUGGAAGGAUUAGCCAAUGCCGCCUCAGGCAUCAUUGAUGAAUUCAGUUUUUCAAACCCACUGAAGAAGUGUUCACGCAGAGCUACUAGCUCAUUUUUAGAGACAAUCCCAUCUUUUUCAUUUCACAAAUAUCUUAGGAGAUAUGAAGAAGAAGACGGCGAUGAAGAAGACGAAGAAGAAGAAGAAGAGCGGGAACAACAAUUGGAGGAAAAUGGUGAAUUGUUUGGUAAACUAUGUCUAAUGAAGCAGAACAUUAAAUUGAAUGAGGAAAUGGGAUAUGGAAAUGUGGGUCUUGAAGAGAGGGAAGAGGUCAGUCCACAUAUGUAUCUUGCAAGAGGGCUUGGGGUCAGUGGUGUUGAUAUUGGUUUUGGUAGUAACGGGGGAUUUAACGGCGGUGGUCGUGGCGGCGGAGGUGGGUUUUUUACAUCAGUAGACUUCGGCAGGGACGAUGGCGACAGCAACGGCAUCGAGGACCAUUUUAAGCGGAUGGUGGUGGAGAAUCCUGGCAACCCUUUGUUCUUGAGGAAUUAUGCUCAAUUUCUGCAUCAAUCAAAAGGAAAUCUUGAACGAGCCGAGGAAUACUAUACCCGGGCUAUUCUAGCAGACCCUGGAGAUGGUGAAAUUCUGUCACAAUAUGCUAAACUAGUGUGGGAGCUUCAUCGGGAUAGAGAAAGAACGACAAGCUACUUUGAACGAGCAGUUCAAGCCGCUUCUGAGGACAGCCAUGUGCAUGCAGCAUAUGCCAGUUUCCUUUGGGAAGCAGGAGAAGAUGAAGAUGAAGAUGAUGCACUUAACGAUCCCCAUGCGCCACCCCUUUUCCAUAAGGCAGGCAUGGCUUCUGUAACUGCUUAA